AUGAAACAAUAUUUUGAUUUACUCAACCAAUAUCCAGUUACUGGUGGGCCAUCUGUUUCGGAUACAGUGGUAGAACAAUUCGCAUUAUUAGUCAAAACAAAUCACAAAAGAACUGCAAUAAAUGGUUCUAUUUAUUCAAUUAAACCAAAAACUGAAAUUUCUGAUCAUGUGUUAAUAUAUUUGGAAAAAAUUGAAAUUGUUGAACAAGGUAAUGUAUUUAGUAAUUUUACAAUUACCUCUUAUAUUGAUUCGAGAACAUUAUGGAAAAAUAAUCCAAACGAUUCAAUCACAAAAAAAAAUCUUUUAGAUUCAUAUGAUAAUUUAGAAGAUAUAUUAAGAAAAUAUCUUGUAAAUAGUAGUGUUUUCAGAACAAAGGGUCUUUAUUCAACUAGUUUAAUGCUUUUUGCCAUGUAUGCAACAUUAAUAAUACUUUUACUACGUGAUGGUAUAACUAAUGGUUUAAGUUGGGGUAUGAGUACCGGAGAAAAUCGAGAAUAUAAAAAUUUCUUUUCAACCUGUAUCACUGAUUAUGUAAAACAUUUAAAGUAUGCGCAUGACGAAUAUUGUACUGAAAUUAGAUCAAAAUCGGAAUUUGGUAAAAGUAAAUUUGAUUCAAUAGUAUGUAUAAACUCACAUUCAUUUAUUAAAACCAAAGUUUCAACACUUUGUUCUAAUUAUCGUAAUGUAAUGGCAGAAUCAGUAUUUGAUUUAGCUGAUAGUUGGUAUUCAUUAGAUAAUGGUAAAUUUUCAAAACAAUUUUCAGGAAAAGAAAAUGUAAGAUAUCUUUGGAGUAGUAUAUAUGGUUUACCAGUUGAUAAUUCAAAAGAAAUAUCAAUUUACAAAGUUAAUGGAAUUAAAAAUACAUACUACACUCCAUCAUAUGCAUCACUCCAAGAAAAUUUUAUCAUGGAGAAUAAUGAUCAAUAUAAACCAUAUGCGGGUGUUAAAAUAAAUCAUGAUAGUAAUUGGAUUUAUUCAAUUCAACCAAUUUUCAAAGAUCCAUUAAAUGGAAAUAGAGUUGAUGGUGUUAGAAAAGGUGUUCAAGAAAUCACCGAAUCAUUGACAAAAGAGUAUCAAUUUGACGAUAGUUCCGUUAUGUAUGGUAGUUAUGAUAUUGUCCCCUUAACUGUUAGACUCUCUCAAAAUAGUAGAAUUGAUCUUACAAGAUCAAUAUCCUAUAAAAACAGUGAUGGUUCAGUUACUCAUGGAAAUGAUAAUAUUAUUAAAUAUUGUAGUCGUGUUGGUACCAAUCAUAUUCCUGGUAAGGUAGUAGGUAAUGGUGUUAAUAAACAAGUUAAUUCAAAAGGAAAUGUAUUGGAUUGUUUUAUUAUUGGUAGUAUCUCAACUGGUGUUAAUGAGAAUAAUUUACUUUACUCUUCAAAAUCAUCCAUUAUUAAUGCACAAAAGUUUUCUAAAACAAGUUCAGAUGUUGAAUUUAAGAGAGAUCAUGUAAUGCCUACUGUUCAUUCAAUGUAUUUACCAGGUGGUUCUUCAAUAACAUUUACAUUUAAAAAUGGUGAAACAUUGAAUAAUAAACAUCAAUUUGCAAUCAGAUAUCAUUUUAGUGGCUCUGCUGCCCAAGCAUCAAUUGAUAUCCUUGAUUCAACUAAUAAAGCUUUACACAGUGGUUUACAACUCCCAAAAUGUUCAAAAGAAGAAAAUUUCAAUGAAUAUAAAGUUAAAGUAUUUACAAACCAAUUAAACUUUACAACAACAAAUUCAAUCAAAAUUAAAUCAAGUAAUAAUCUAUACAUUAAUUCAAUUAUUUUAAUUCCAAAUUAA